AUGCCUGCCGCCUUGAUGCCCGCUGCCUGCCACGUUAAGCGACAUUCACUUCCCGCUGUUGAUGAUGUUGCCGGCAAACCAGAGCCGCGCUCUAGCACCCAUCCCCGCAGCUGCCCUACAGCCAUUGAUAAUCUAAGGCGGGAACUUAACGUGGCCAGCACCACCAACAUCAACAACACAGCAACAGCAACAACAACCACCACAUGCUCAUCGUCGGCAACCACCAUAACCACGCCCACAGGCACACCACCAUUGCCACCGUUGCCAAACACGUUUAUAGCCAUCAAAACGAAGAACGACGCCGUCAACAGCAGCAACAACAACAACAGCAACAACAGCAGCAACAGCCUCACGCUGCAAAGUGGCAACAAUAGUUUUAAAUCGAACAGCAACACAAACAGAAGAUCGCCAAUUGGCCAGCAGCAACAGCAGCAACCGCCGCCGUUGCCAAUGAAAAACGGCGCCAAACAGCAACAGCAACCACAACAACACGACAAUUCACAUUAUCAACAUCUGAGCUACAACAUGACACAUCUGCAACACUUUAAUGCACGCCCGAACAACACACUCGAUCGCAAGCACAUGUCACAUCCACACAGUGAAGCCAAUGCUGGCGGUGACUACUGUACGCAGAUAAAUCCGCACUAUCUGCAGACCUUCGACAGUCUCGAUCCCGAUCAUUAUAGUGUGGCCAAUCUGCACGCACAUCCGCAUCGCAGCCAGUCAAAGUCGCAGAUCUAUAGCUAUGGCAGCAGCGGUACCGCCAGCGAUACAUCCAAUCAGCAGCAGCAGCAGCAGCAUCCACAGUAUCACAGCAGCAGCAACAUAGCGCACAUUGAACACCACUACCAGCAACAUAGCCACCCACACCAGCAACAGCUGCAGCUGCAGCAGCAGCAGCAACUGACACACCACCACCAACACCACAGUCUGAAGCACACGAAACACAGCAAGGGCCACAAGGGCAAACACAAUUCCAAGAACAGCAAAUCUCAAGAUGAUUUCAAGGCCAUACACAAGCAGCAGCAGCAGCAGCAGCAACAGCUGCAGCAGCAAAAGUGCAGCAGCAACAGCAACAAGCAGCAGCACAGUAAACGCUCUAGCAACAAUCAGUUGUUGCCACAGCAGCCGCAGCAGCAACACUAUUCUAGCUCCAGUGAUAGUUUACCAUUUGAUAAUAACUAUUAUUAA